AUGCUAGGGGGACGAUGGCUGUGGAUGGCAGUCCUGGUGCUGAGCUUGCUAGCUCAUGGCAGGGCCUCUAUCUUUGAUGAGUUCGACUCCGGCACUGAAGAUGUCGUCCCCUUCCAUGAUCGAGAGGAUCUUGAUCAGGACAUGAAAGACUUCUUGGAAUGGUUGACAGCCAAAGGGAUGAACUUUCAGAGUCAGGUGGAUGUAGCGAUCACCAACGGGACAGGAAGAGGGCUGCUGGCUCGUCGCUCUUUCAUGCCUGGAGAGACCAUGCUCGCAGUCCCUCCAGAGCUUCUCAUCACUCCUGACAUGGCAAGGCGAUCGGAGGUUGGGAGGGCGUUCAGGGAGCACGGGCUGGACGAUUGCUCGGGGGGGGAGGACUCGACGUAUGAAUGCAUGCCGCUGCUAGCGAUGCAUCUGACGGUCUUGUACUACAAUGAGAGUCACGAUUUCCAUCCUUGGAUGAAGAUUUUGCCCCGAAAGUUGACGACACCAUUGUUCUGGUCGGAUAAGGAGAGAGAGGAGCUGCAAGGCUCAAACCUCUACAACAUGCUUGACGGAUGGACGAUGAAUGUGGAGAAGCUGCACAGAUCGACUGCCCGCGUCCUCGGACAGCACAACGUCUUCCCGGAUCUCCCCAAGGCCAUCUACUCGCUCAAGGAGUUCAAGUGGGCAUACGCCACCAUCUUUGCUAGAGCCUUCGAUGUGGAUGGGAAAAGUUUCGGUUUCAGCGGGCGGCAAAGGAUCAUGGCGCCGAUGGCGGAUCUGUUCAACCAUGGGGACGUCAAAACUUCUUACACGUUCAACGCGGCGUCUGGGCAUUUUGAGCUCUUCACACAACAAUUCUUCUCUCGGGGAGAGCAGAUCUUCAUGAACUAUGACUCGAAGAACAACGCAGAAUUCCUCCUGCAGUACGGUUUUGUCAUCGAGUCAAACCCUCACGACUACGUUGGUAUCGCUGCCUCCAUUGGUAACGACCAGCCGUUCUACCGAGACAAAUCGUUGGAUUGCCUGCGAGUCCUCUGUGCUACCAAGGAAGAAAUGGAAAGCGGAGAGAGCAGAAAAAUUCUGCGGGGAAAGCAAAUUUCAGACUCCAAUGAAAUCUGCGUGUAUACGACCUUGAACAUCAUCAAGAACGACCUGCCUCACAACGUCAAGACUGCUCUCAUCCUGCGCCGGGACGAGAAACGCCUGCUCAUCCUCAACCUGAGCAGAUACCAGCGGCUCCUUGCCAGGCUCAAGGAGAGGACCAAGGUCCAUCGGGUCUCUGACAAGAGUCGAUCCAAGCGCAAGGACGAGGACGACGAGGACGAUGAGGACGACGAGCUAUGA